UUGGGGUUUUCAAAAAAUGUAUGCCACAACCAUCAGGAUUAACAGGAAAAUUCUACAAAAUAUAUCACCGUGUUUUUCAUCGAACUGAUUAAAUAAAUAUAUUAACUUUUCGACAACAUUCAGAUUUAUUUGAGGGAUAUUUGUCAAAAAGUUUUAAAACAAAGUAAUAGCUCAAUCACACACUGAAACACAACAUGAGAAAUACUAUACAAAGAGACCUUUUCUUUACUAAAAGCAUAGAAAUAAUCUCCAAACAAUCCACAGAACCAAGCCCGGACAGCAGCACAUGGGCCCAUUUUCAUCCGGCUGACCCCGCCUCUGCCAAAUGCAGGGGCGCUCCAUGUGACGCUGGGGCUGUAACAAAAAUCCAGUAUGGCGGAAUCUGUCAGGAGAUGAAUUUUCUUUCCCCGUCCGCCCCCCUCGGAGUCUCUAACAUGAGAGAGAAAUAAAAGGUGAAACGAGCGGGACACACGUCGGGACGCCUGUCAUCCACCUGGCCCGUGUAGGUUGCUACUGAUGCUAGACAGCGAGCUGCCUCUUUAAGUGGAGUAGCCACAUCAUUAGGCUAAUGGAGAUUGGCUGCUGCUGCUGCUGGAUGCCUGCUUCCAGUUUCCUGUUCGACCGUCCGGAGUGCUGGAUCAACCUGAGCUUGCAUUUAAACCGACAUUCCCAGAUGUCCUUAGUUUUGGCAGGAUAACGGCCUCCCUGUGAAUAACACUUGCAAUAGAUACACAUAUCUGUUCUGCAGUACACACACACAAACACACACACACGUAAACACAACGAGCCAGCAGCUUGGUUUGCUGGACUGUGUGGGCACUGACCUGACUAACCUGACUGAGAUGACAUCAAACAGCCAUCAAGAGGGAAUCCUGGGGAAGGAGCAGUCGCUCGAGGUCCUCAAGACGUCGGCACUCAACCACAUCCCAACAGUGGACAUCAACUCUGCACUGCCCCUGCGUCUCCCUCCUGCUGCCAUUCCCAUGGACCUGCGCGUGGACCACCACCACCAGCAGCAGCAGGUGUCUUCGCUGUCCCCUCCAGGCCAGCACUCACCCGGCUCCCUGGGAGGAACGGGCGGCGGCGUGGUGGCGGCCUCGGUGCGCGAGCAGCAGCUGCAGCAGGAGCUGAUGGCCCUAAAGCAGAAGCAGCAGAUCCAGAGGCAGAUCCUAAUCGCAGAGUUCCAGCGGCAGCAUGAGCAGCUGUCCCGCCAGCAUGAGGCCCAGCUCCAGGAGCACAUUAAGCAGCAACAGGAGCUCCUGGCCCUGAAGCACCAGCAGGAACUGCUGGAGCACCAGAGGAAGAUGGAGAACCACCGUCUGGAGCAGGAGCUGGAGAAACAGCAGAGGGAGCAGAAGCUGCUGCUGCUAAAGAACAAGGAGCGGGGCCAGGAGAGUGCUGUGGCCAGCACUGAGGUGAAAAUGCGUCUGCAGGAGUUCGUCCUGAACAAGAAAAAGGCGCUGGCCCAGCGGAGCCUCAACCAGGGAGGCCUCCCCAACGAUGCUCCCUACUGGUACCGAAAAACCCAGCAUAGCUCUCUGGACCAGAGCUCGCCUCCACAAACCGGCGUGUCCACCUACAAUCACCCUGUGCUGGGCGUCUACAACCCCCGGGAUGACUUCCCGCUGCGAAAGACUGCCUCGGAGCCCAACCUGAAGCUGCGCUCCCGGCUGAAGCAGAAAGUGAGCGAGCGCAGGAGCAGCCCACUCCUCCGCCGCAGAGACAGCCCCAUCACUACGGCCAAGAAACGCUCCCUCGACAUGGCGGACUCUGCAUGUAGCAGCGCCCCCGGCUCAGGCCCGAGCUCCCCGAACAACAGCUCCAACAACAUCCCCAAUGAGAACGGCAUCACUGUGUCAAUUUCCAACCACGUGGAGGCGUCUCUGGCCCAGAGGCUGUGCAGCGGUGCUGAGCAGGGCUCCAUCAACCAGCUGUCCCUCUACACGUCGCCUUCCCUACCCAACAUCACUUUAGGGCUGCCAGCCACUGCGACCUCCACCGCCGCCUCUAACGUCACCUCCACACAGCAGGAUAUAGGCCUGCAGCCAGCUCUCUCCCUCAGCCCUCCGUUCCUCUCCGGCGGCCACUUGAGCCCUUACCUUUCUGAUGCAGGAUCUGGGGGCCACGGCGCUCACAGUCCCCUGUUGCAGCACAUGGUCCUCAUGGAACAGAGUCCAGCACAGAGUCCUCUGGUGACAGGUAUAAGUGGCAUGUCUAUGUCGUCAGCAUCCAUGGCCAAGCUGCAGAGGCAGCACCGGCCCCUGGGGAGAACCCAGUCCGCGCCGCUGCCCCAAGGGACCGCCGCCCAGGCUCACGCUCAGGCCCUGGCCCUGCAGCAGCUGGUGGUCCAGCAGCAGCACCAGCAGUUCCUGGAGAAGCACAAACAGCAGUUCCAGCAGCAGCAGCAGCUCCACCUCAACAAGAUUAUGGGCAAGCCCAGCGAUUCGCCCGUGGGGCGGCAGCACCAGAGCCACCCGGAGGAGACGGAGGAGGAGCUGAGGGAACACCAAGAUGCGGGAGUUCUGCCGCCGGGGGUCACCAUCAAGCAGGAACCCCCAGACCCGCAGGAGCUGCAAGAGGAGGCGCUGCAGCAGCACCGGGAGAGGGAGCGGGACAGGGAGCGGCAGGGGGAACAGGAGCUGCUCUUCCGACAGCAGGCUCUGUUGUUGGAGCAGCAGCGGAUUCACCAGCUGAGGAACUACCAGGCCUCCAUGGAAGCCGCUGGCUUGUCCAUCUCCUUCCCUGGACACCGGCCCCUUUCCAGGGCCCAGUCCUCUCCAGCCUCAGCUUCAUCCUUCCCAAUCAGUGUCCCUGCGCAGGAUCCCCCUGUCAAGCCUCGCUUCACCACAGGCCUGGUGUAUGACUCUCUGAUGCAGAAGCACCAGUGUAUGUGCGGAAACACCAACAGCCACCCAGAGCACGCUGGACGCAUCCAGAGCAUCUGGUCGCGGCUGCAGGAGACCGGACUCAGAGCUCAGUGUGAGUGUAUCCGUGGGAGGAAGGCCACUCUGGAGGAGCUGCAGACGGUCCACUCUGAAGCCCAUGUCCUGCUAUAUGGAACCAACCCACUCCGGCAGAAACUCGACUGUUCGAUAACACCCAUGUUUGUACGACUACCGUGUGGAGGAGUGGGGGUGGACAGUGACACCAUUUGGAACGAGGUCCACUCCUCCAGUGCGGCACGGCUUGCGGUCGGUUCGGUUGUGGAGCUUGUUUUCAAAGUGGCAACUGGAGAGCUAAAGAAUGGUUUUGCAGUGGUCCGCCCUCCUGGACACCACGCAGAGGAAAGCACUCCCAUGGGCUUCUGCUACUUCAACUCUGUGGCAAUCGCAGCCAAACUGCUGCAGCAGAGACUUAGCGUCAAUAAGAUCCUCAUCGUGGACUGGGAUGUUCACCAUGGCAAUGGCACCCAGCAGGCCUUCUACGACGACCCUAAUAUCCUCUACAUGUCUAUCCAUCGCUAUGACGACGGCAACUUUUUCCCAGGAAGUGGAGCACCUGAUGAGGUUGGUAGUGGUCCUGGGGUGGGGUUUAACGUCAAUGUGGCCUUCACUGGAGGUCUGGACCCCCCCAUGGGAGAUGUGGAGUACCUGGCUGCCUUCAGGUCCGUGGUGAUGCCGAUAGCCGACGAGUUCGCUCCGGACAUCGUGCUGGUCUCCUCUGGCUUCGACGCCGUGGAGGGACACCCCCCACCGCUGGGCGGCUACACCCUGACGUCCAAAUGUUUUGGUUAUCUGACCAGGCAGUUGAUGACCCUUGCUGGAGGCAGGGUGGUCCUGGCGUUGGAGGGAGGACAUGACCUCACCGCUAUCUGUGACGCCUCUGAGGCCUGCGUGGCUGCCUUGCUCGGCCAGGAGCUGGAUCCGCUUCCAAAGGUCGUCCUGGAGCAGAGGCCCAACCCCAAUGCUGUGCGCUCUCUGGAAAAAGUUAUAGAGACUCACAGUAAAUACUGGCGCUCGGUGCAUCGCUACUCAUCACGGCUGGGACUUUCUCUGCUGGAGGCCAAGCGAGGUGACUCGGAGGAGGCCGAGGCUGUCAGCGCCAUGGCGUCUCUAUCUGUGGCCAACACCAACGCCAUGGAUCAAAGCAGGCCAGAGGAGGAGCCCAUGGAGGAGGAGGCUCCGCUGUAACUGAGGCGGGCGUGGAGGUGUCGCAGCGUUGCCCUUGACCUCUCCGGAGAACAGCCUCGACUGACCCCUUCAUUUAGUCCCCCCUAACCCCACUCACCACGUCAGUCACCUUGAUUGGCGAUCCCUCGGUCUAACACCAGGGAGAGGGGGCGGGCUCAGCCUCAGAGUAGGGAGCCAAUCAGAAGACAGAGGACUGAACUGGGAAAUAUAAAAAAUAACAAAACUUAACGACGUUGCUUAGCAGCACUCGUUCAGAGACAUUCAUUGUUUUUCUGUCAGUCUUCGCACCUUCGCGUUAGCCAACAGCGGCUGACUGUGCGAUCACGGCAGCCGGCGAGUCUAUUUGGACCUGGGACGGGAUCGGAUCUCGUCACAGAAAGGAAGGUGUGCUGACACAUCCGGUGCUUUACGCAGCUGCCCUCUCUGACCGCAUUCAGUCGAGACACCAGGGACAGUGGACGUUCCCAGCUGUCCUAAAGCAGCUCAAGUGGGUGGAGGGGGGGCUAUCUUUUCUCUUCUCUUAACUUAAUACCCCACUAAACAGGGGAUGCCGCGGCAUCUGGCAGGACAUUUUUUUUUACAUGCCACGUUCACUGUGGAUUGCUGUGUUGCCGUGGUUUGAGGAGGCUUUCACAAAGAUUCGACGGCUGAGACUGUCGCCUCGCUGGAGCAGCCUGCUGAUGAAGGUUGACGAGUGAGAGGAGUGCCUUGGAGAGAGCCUGUUUUCAGGAUUGUUCAGGAAAAAGAUUGCCUUAACUUUAACCAUUUUUCUCACUGAGGAAUUGGUGUGAGGAAGCAAAUGCGGGGGAGGGGGAUGACAAAAAAAGCUAACAAUCUUUCAGCAUGUUUACUUAGAAAGGGAUGGAGAAAGCAUUUAUGUCUCUCAUGGCCUCUCUUGAAGAGUUACUUACUUUUUGAUGGAUCUAUUUUUCUGUAAAAAAGUUUAAAAGAGAGAGAGAGAAAGAAAUCGCUUUGUAAAAGGUAGUUGCCAGCUUCUUUAGACAAGGGUGCAAACAAUGAGAAUGAAUCAGAUCGCAAACUCUCAAAACAGUUUAGCCUUUGAUGUAGCCUCCCUUUAAGAGUCAGCGCUUUUCGCAGAACAAUUGCAGAGCAUGCAUUUAAGCACAUUUAACGAAUGUUGCCCAUAAGAGAAAGCAGAGCAAGAAAAAGCCAAAGCAUGAGUUUGCAUUUGUACAGCUUCACUCCUCUUAUCUUAGGGGGGCCGAGUCGACAAACAUUUCACAUAUUGGCCCUUUAACCCUCUAUGGUAUGCAUUAUGAUUCCAGUUAGGGAAAAAUGUCUGGAGCUUUUUGUCUUAAAAUAGACAAAAUAAAUCAUUUAAAAAACUUUUAUAAAUUAGAUUGUUUUGUGGGGGGAUAAGAGAACGUGUAACAUAUUCAAUACCAUGAACAGGUUACAAUACAUGCCAUUUUAAAUCUCUUCAGAUCUUGCCUCUAGGUCCCCUUGCACCACUGUGGAACAGUCAAUUAAAGCGAAUGAAAACCCAUUCACCAUAAUUUAGUUUGCAUCUUUACAAUUUAAUAAAGAUCAUUUCAAUGUUGGUUCCGACAGAAUAAAGUUCAGGCUAUAAUUUGCCUUUGUAGGCCACAGUCUACUAUUAGAGAAGAUCUAAAUGGAGGGAAUCUUCUGAGAUUCUGGGGCAGGCUUAAAGUGCAGCGUAGUCCUACGCUAAGCUUCUGACGAGCAGGUGGGUUGGCACCUACUCAACACACAGGGGCACUGCCUCCCUAUUAAUUUGACGUGCACAAAGCAAUUGAAAGCUAGAUAAGUGAAUUUUUUUAUUUGGUGCUCAUGCUCCACCCUUUCUUACGCCGCCCUGAGCAACUGCCCAUAUGGUUUAUAUCAGAAUCCACCACAGCAAACACCGUCAAUAUUUAAUGCAGCCAUGGUGAUAUCAUAAUAGUUCAUUGACGCCUCGGGGCAACGACUACCUUUUGAUUUUAAGUUUAUACUACUAAAUAAGCAAAAAUAUUGCAUUUAACUGUCGAACAUUACAUCUUACGAAAUUAUUAGUACGAAUUAUUUUCUUCCCAGAUGAAAAACAGCUUUUGUAAAAGUCGUGUGACAAAUUAAAGCGGUUAUUGGUUCCUUAUGUUUUUUCCUCUUUUUUUAAAGUAUUGCGUCAUUUAAAGAGGUGCCUUUUAGAGCCCAAACAGGUCUUCAUGGUACCAUAGAGGGUAAAAACAAAGCUCCAAGUACACAGUUCAACGUUUACUGAUUUAAUCCGCCUCAGAUCAGGUGAGCAUUUCUUUCCGCGUGCUGAUCGAAAGGUUGGCAACUACCUUAGUGUGAGCUUCACAUCAGUCGUGUAUAUUUAAUUGAAUAUAUUUUGACAGUAAUCCAAGUAUUGUCGGUUUGUAUCUACGUGUAUGAGUUUCCACAUCGAGUCGUCAUUUCAGGAUAUCAGAGACGUGUUUGGUUAAGCGUGUCCACUUUUUGUUUUUUAUCGUAUAAGAUUAUUUUUCUAACGUUUUAUUUUUCAUUCAUAUGUUUCGUUCUGUGUGUGUGUUUUUUUUUUUUUUUAUCCAUUUUUUUCUGGAUAGAUAUAGAGCUGCAUUCUUGUACUUUUAGUGCUGUUGUCAUUUAUUCUUUCUUGUAUUUAUGGAAAACAAGGAGCAACACUUCCUUCCUUCUUUUCUUCCUUCCUUCCUUCCUUCCUUUCUUUCUUUCUUUCUUUCUUUCUACGGCUCCCAAAGCCUUUUCAUCAUUUUCAUCAAGUAUGAAUUUAUAACAUGUACUGUUUAUAGGAGAUUUGUAUAUGGAAACUUUAUAAAUGUACUCUUACCUAAUGACAGCUAUGAUAUUGUGAGCAAAAAACCAGUACGGUGUAUAAACAGCGUAUUUAACAAGCGGCCCUCCAGCGAAUCACUGCAUGGCACUGCAGUUGACUUUACAGGUUUCAUCACUUCGUUGCCUAAUCAGUUCAUCCUCCUCCUGUGCACGGACGACGUGCAUUUUACCUUUUGACUGUGACCACAUCGUUCCGGGAAGAGGUUUCAAGGCCGUUUUAUGUAGCUGGCUGAGCUUUCUGCAGCAGAAAACGGCGAAGGAGGAGAAACCAACUUACUACAAUUUGAACCAAACGUUCUCAUACACUGAAUAAAACGACAUGUUUUUUUCUUACUGUCGGGCAUUAAAUCAGACAUUUUUUUUGUAUCGUUGGGAUUUGCUGAAUGCCAGAAGCUUUUUAAACAGUUUGACUUGGAUCAAACAUGGGUUUCCUUCCAGAAGCUUCUCACAGUAGUUUGCUGGACUUUUGGCCAAUCCUCCUCACAGAACUGGUGUAACUGGGUCAGGUUUGUAGGACACCUUGCUCUCACACGCCUUUUCUACUCUGCCCUCUACUUUCCAUGGGACGGAGACCAGAGCCUUGUGAUGACAACUCCAAAGCACUGACUGUGUUGUCCUUAAGACACCUUUUAACUUAUUUGGUUGUAUUCUCAUGAUCACCCACUAUCUGGAAGACUCGUUUAUGCCCAAGCUAUGACUUCCUGGCUCAUAUCUUGAGAUGUUUCCUUGGUAAUUCCCUGAAUUGUUAUUUCCAGUUUCUAGUAAAGUGCAGUAAAACGCUCACACAACCUGAUACUUCCACCCCUAUACUGUUAGGAUGUUUUUUUUUUUAGGCUUCUUCUCUUCCCCAUUUGUCCUCAAAAUGUAAUAAUAGUCAGGGUCGAACAUAAUGGUGAAUUUUUCUGUCACCAGACUGCAGGACAUAUCUAAAAAAUUAAGCUCCUUUGUCUCCUAGCGCAUUUGAAAGCAGUAAUCUUCCUUUUUAUGUUGCUUUUGGAGUAAUAGCUUCUUCCUUGCAGAGUGGCCUUUCAGCCCAUGACUCAUUUCACUCAUGAUAAUCCCUUAUCACACCCAAACACGGUGGUUGGACAUUGCCGUGGUGUUUAUACCUGCAAGUAUUUAAUUUAACAGAUGAACGCGGCACCUUUAGGCAUCAGAAAGUUGUACCCAAGAAUAAGUCAGACUUGUGGAGGUCCAUGAGGUCACACAAGGAAGCAGGUUUUUGAGGCUUUGCCUUCAAAUACAUCCAGAAGUGUACCUCUCUUUUAAUUAAAAUGUAAUUUAACCAAUCAGAAGCUUCCGAAGCUAGUAGUCGUAGUGUAAACUUCUCAGUUUGAGGAAAGUAAUAAUAAAUUUGUUUUAUUAUUUUGGCAUUUAGCAAAUAACAAAUGUGCUAAUCCUAUCUGAUCUAAAACAGGAGGAGAUUAGACUGAUUUCAUGUCAGACAGCGAGGAAAAAAUGGGUUAUGUGAGUUUUUAUACAGUUUAUGAAAAUCUGGUUUUAACUGUAAUGUAAAGACGACCAUCAUGUUUAAGUUGAUGUCAUUUUAUAAACCUGUAAGAUUUGAAAUUGAUUUGAUGUUUUUUCGAGCCUAACAAAACAUUCCACUUGUGUGUUUAAUUUGGCUUCUCUAAAGUCAUUUCUUUGUAGAAAAUUAAGUGGGUUUUUUUGUUCUGUUUUCUGCUGUCUGCUUGCACCAACUUUAACUCUUUGCAUGGUUUGUGAGUCAGCAUGCCUGCUUGUCUAUGUAAUGAGAAAAAAAAAAAAAAAAGAAAAUUGUAUUUGCACAACAGAAGAACACUGGAGGACUCUAAAAGAAACCCUCCCAGGAGCAGCAGCGGUGAGGCUUUCUUAAACCUCCGCUGGCCAGACGAUUUACAAAGACUCUGAGGCUAAGAAGCAUUUGAUACUUUUAACACAAUUCAGCACUUACAGACUGUGUUUUAGAGAGAGACGUGCUCUGCCAAAUCUCUACAACAUCCACACCUUCAAGAAAAGACUCCCAAAGAAUGUUCCUGUUUUAAAGGUUUUUCGCAAAUGACGGAUAAUGUCUGGAAAGCAGUUUGGGAAAACAAAGGGCAUCGCCAUUUGAUUGUCACACCCUCCUCGGCCAGUUCUAUAUAUAUAUAUAUAUAUAUAUAAACCACUGUGGCUCAAGAGCAAAUCUUGGUUUACAUGUAAAUUGAUGAAAAGGGUUAUUUUUUGUUUGUCUCUUGAUGAAAAAUGUUUUCUUUCUUUGGGACCUACGCUUUAGACAUUUCAUCUCUGACAUCAUCUAUAGAAUAUAUUUCUGAAAAUUA